GCAGCUGACUAGAGUCACCAAGAGUCAAAGAUUCACCAAACUUAAACCACUGGAGCUUUGUGAAGAUGAAGACAUUCAGCGUUGUGGUUGCAGUGGCCGUGGUGUUGACCUUUAUCUGCAUUCAGCAGAGCUCUGCCACUUCAGCAGAGGUAGAAGAGGUGGAGGAGGCAACGAGCAACCACAAUCCAGCUGCUGAGCAUCAGGAGACGUUGGUGGACUCAUGGACGAUGCCACAUAACAGACAAAAACGUGGCUUCAAGUGUAAACUUUGCUGCAACUGCUGCAAACGUGGGGUCUGUGGAUUGUGCUGCAAAAAGAAAUUCUGAGGAUUCCUGCCUGAGAGUCCCAACAUCAACCACUGAACAUUAGUUUGCUCUAACUGUCAUCCUAGUACAAACUCGUCAUUUCAAACUGUAUUCACAUCUGUAAAAAUGACCACAGUGUUACUUGAGUAGAUGAUUCUGUAGUUCCAGUGUGCUCGGAGAUGAUGUGUGUCACAAUAAAUUUCAAUCCAACUAUA